UGUAAAUUUUGUUUUUUUUGGUCCGUUUGAUCUCAACAGCUGUGUGAAUCUGGCUGACCGUUACGAGACGGUUUUCCACCCUGUUGCCCCUAACAGCGUUCCAUACCCAUCGCAUGUGAAGCACUUUGAAAUCCAGAUGUUUACUUUCGUGCAGAAUGAUGUCGUACUUCAAGAUCAGAUUUUUGUACACUGUGAUGCUAUGCUUUGUGAUGAGAGUGAUGGAAUCUGCAAGAGACACUGUCCAUCUCCCAUGCCUUUAAAAACUGGGAAGAAAGUACGAAGAGAGACCACUAAUGUCCAGUCCCAGAGAGUACAGCUGUCAUCAAGAAAAAUAUUGCUCUUAGUCGGUUUUGAUUCUGAGUCUUAAUAAAGUCUCGUUCAACACACCUUU